GUCAGACAGGCGGAUUACUCCAGCCAAAGAUGAUGAGCCUGACGGGCAAGCAGAGCCGGCAAUCCUACCGUCGUGAGAGGCAGACGUAGUCAGCCGAGCUAGCAUGAGCUCCUCCCCUCGAAGCGGCACGCCUGCCGCUUCUUUACUCAAUGGAGGAGCCGCUGGUCAGCUCAAUGGCAAUAGCCAGGCUAGCCAUCGUCAGUCCGCUUCCUUCAGUCGGUCUUCACCCGCGCCACCAGGACUGAGUCACGGCAAUAACAAGGACGACGGUCCACCGAGUUCGAACAGCCUGCUCACCAUCGUCAGGGCGCAGAUCGUCUUUUUGCUCUCGACCCUUACAGAGGAUCAGUACAACAAGCACCAGAGUGAGAUCACUUCGCUCGUCGAAUCGCAUGGCGUAGAGGCCAAUGUCUACUACAUCAGACGACUCAUCUCUUCCUCAGGACCAGCGCUCGCUCAGUUAUCCAGCGGAGCGCCUGCUCAACCCUCUCAGGCUCAGCUUACACUCCGCUUGCUUGUAUUUGAGAUCAAGCGACUCGUCAGACAACCAGCAUUGGCAGUACGCUUCAAGGAUGCCUUGCAGGCAGGCCUUCAGGACACUGCAGCUGCUGCCGAAGUCUUCAGGACGCUAGACUUGCGAGGUCUUGUAGACAGGGCCGGUCUCACUGCGCUGGAACGACUCAUCCUCUGCGCAGAGGUGACACAAUUGAUCGUAAUGCCGAGAUCGAUAGCAAAGGACCUACCUAUCGCAGCCGCCAGGCUUCUACGGGAGGCCUGGUCACCUGCCCUCGAGACCCUCGCAGGCCAGCAGACUGGGCCUAUGCCCGAUCUCAAUCCUGUCGCGAUAUCACGUCUCUUCAGCCUGCUUCUCUCCGAUCUCGCCAUCAACCCACAGACUGGCGAGGGCGGAUAUAGCUCAAACGCGAACAGGGAGCGCAUCAUCUCUGAUCAGCAACAGCGAGACCUCAUUCAGGUCUUUGCUGCUCGCCUCGGCGGUCUCACUGAGCUCGUCGUCAAUAUCUUGCUCCACGCACUCGAAACCGUCGAAUUUGAUCCUCAAACUUCGGCCAUCACCCUCUUGCACCGUCUCACACCAGAUGCAGCGUACUGCACUCCGGAUAUCGUCGCAGCCGUCUUGCGCAAGCGGGCAAACCUAGCGACACAUGGCUCCCAAGCCAGCGCGCAAGUCAGAUCGAUGUUCGAAGACCUGCUUGAUAUGGCUUCUGGAUAUGGGGAGGCCAUGCACGUACACGGAGGUGCCUGGGCGCAAGCUAUCUCUACUGUGCUACCAGAGUAUGACUGGACAGAACUUGUGCGGGUAUACGACUCUCCUUCUAAAGAGCUGCCAACGGGUUGGCGAAUGCGCACGCUCGUACAAGUCCUUGCUGCGCCAAUUGCUGCUAACGCAAGGUUCAGUCCUGCUGCAGGCCUAUGGGGAACCUGGGUCGACCCAGAUCGUCAACUCAGCCUCAUCGAGCGUGUUCUCUUCCUGCCGGCAGAUGUCGGCACCCUUUCGGCUACACGCAAAGCAGUCAGUAUAGAUGAUGCUGCAAACGCCAGCGCGACCGCUCGAUCACUCGCAGCAAAUGCGCAAACUAGCCCUUGGAACAAUCUCGAUCUUCUGCAGACGCUUAGCAAGCUGAGCGAGGCUAGCGGCAGCAUAUCUGGCGCAAGUGCGACAGAUCUCAAUGAUCGCGUUCAAGAUCUCUUCGAAAGAGGCGUCAAGACUGACCCUGAUGUCAUUCUUAUUGGCCUUAUGCAGCUAGAGAAACCAUGGAAUCAGCUCCACAACAGCCUAUGUUCGCGGCUGCUCACAGUCUUCUUGACCGGUCAUCCAAACCACCAGCUCGUCUUCUAUCGGUUGUGGCAACUCGACAGAAAGUCCGUUUGCGCAGCUCUGCUCGACUUCUACGAAGCGUCGCCCAUGAAUGUCACGCGCAUUCUCGAUAUCACACAGGAGCUGAAGGCACUGAACGAGAUUCUCGACUUGCGACCCUUCGCAUUUGCGCUUGACGUCGCUUCACUCGCCAAUCGAAGAGAAUACAUUCUUCUCAGCAAAUGGCUGGGCGAUCAGAUCGAUGCGCUGGGCUCUCCUUUCGUUUCUGCCACUCUGUCCUUCCUGAGCGAGAAGAUCCGACACGAGCUCCAACGUCAGGAUGCAGAGCCUGGCUCGGAAGCGAAAAUGCUGGCCCUCAGCAUUCAGACGGUCGCUACUUUCCUCCGGACCCUUCGCGAGCACCAUGAAGCAUUCAGCCAGGAAGACUUUGAGGCUUUCAAGGCCGUCCGAACAGAAUGCCUACAGCUUCAUCCCCGAUUGAUGGACUUCACACCUGGCGCAGAGCAGGAACCCGGCAUGGCGAUCGGCUCAUUUUCUGCGGAUGUCGAAGCUGAGGUCGAUGAUGCUUUCAAGCGAAUGUAUGAUCAAGAGAUCUCUGUCGAUAGCGUCAUACAAAGCCUUCAACGUGCCAAGGAGUCUGGUUCGGCGCAUAACAAAGAAUUCGUGGCCUGCUUCCUCAACGGACUAUUCGAAGAGCAUCGCUUCUUUCCCUCGUAUCCGCCUCAGGAGCUAACUCUGACGGCCCACCUUUUCGGCUCGCUCAUUCAGCAUGAGCUUCUUGAUUACACUCCCCUUGGCAUUGCUGUCAGAUACGUCCUAGAUGCGAUCGGCAAACCUGCCGACUCAGCAUGGUGCCGCUUCGGUAUACAGGCACUGUCACGUUUCUCGGUCCGAUUGCCAGAAUGGCCUCAGUUCACGCAGGCGAUCCUCAAUGUGCCUCACCUCCAGCAAAGUCAUCCAGAAGUCGCUUCAAUAGCAUUGAACGCUCUUAGCCGCGCGUCGGCCGCUGAAGAUGGCGAAGUCGAGCUACCUGACGACGAUGACAAAGACGCUGACGUGGUGUUCAAGUCGAUCAAGUCUCCCUUGGCUGACGAGUCUGAUGACGCUCGCGAGCUUCCUGACGAGAAGACAACAGAUCAGAUUCUGUUCAUCAUCAACAAUCUCUCGCCUUCCACAGUACUCAGCAAAGUCGAUGACAUGGUCAGCAAGCUACAAGCACCCUUCUUUCCUUGGUUCGCACACUAUCUCGUCACACAACGUGUCGCUAUCGAGCCUAACAAUCAUGGACUCUACUCCGAUUUCCUGUCCGGCAUGAGGCUUGGGCCGCUCGAUAAGCGCAUUGUCAGCGAGACCAUCGCAAAAGCAGCAGAAGUGCUCAAUUCACAGAGCACAGCUACCUGUUCACAAGAGCGCGCUCUACUCAAGAACCUUGGCGGCUGGCUUGGCAACUUAACGCUCGCGAAAAACAAGCCAAUCAGGCAUGACGCGAUCGCCUUCAAGACCCUGCUGAUUGAAGGUCACGAUGCUGAUCGUCUCAUGGUUGCGAUCCCGUUCGUCUGCAAGGUACUCGAGCAGUCUGCCAAGUCUCGCGUCUUCAGGCCACCCAAUCCGUGGCUCAUGGGCAUUCUUCGCCUGCUCGUGGAGCUGUAUCAGUUUGCGGAUCUCAAGCUCAAUCUCAAAUUCGAGAUUGAAGUGCUUUGCAAGGCAUUGGGCGUUGAUCUCAAGGAGCUUUCCCCGACAACAACUUUGCGCGAUCGUCCCGCGCUUACGGCUGGCGGCGAGAAAGGCUCUGCGAUUGUUCACGAUCUCGAGCGACUAUCGAUGACUGGCUUUGCUAAUCAGACUAUCGCACAAGAGCACGGUGGAAGCGAGCAAGCACAAUCGACCGUCAAUGGCACUCAGGCAAGCUAUGCACUGUCGCUUCAAGACACGAUCACCGCCGCUCUUCAAAACCUGCCUGGUUUCGUGCAGAUCAAUCCGCAGCUACUUACGCUUGGUAGCGCACCUGUCCUCAAGCGCAUCGUAUCAAUAGCCAUUGAUCGAGCCGUUCGCGAGAUCAUCGCGCCCGUGGUCGAGCGAUCCGUGACUAUUGCCGGCAUUUCUACUCGCGAGCUGACCACCAAGGAUUUCGCUAUGGAGGGCGACGAGGACAAAAUGAGGAGUGCAUCACACCUCAUGGUCCAGAGUCUGGCCGGCAGCCUUGCUCUUGUCACUUGCAAGGAGCCACUCAGAAUAUCGCUGGUCACGCACAUCAGAACCUUGCUCAUCCAGAACGGCUUUCCUGAGCAGAAUUUGACCGAACAGCCUGUGCUCGUACUCGCCCAGGACAAUCUCGAGCUCGCAUGCUCAGUCGUUGAGAAGGUCGCUACGGAGAAAGCGGUCUCUGAGAUCGAUGACGGUCUUGCGCCUAGCUUGCUAGCGCGACGCAAACACCGCGAACGUUCAGCUCAACCGUUCUGGGAUAGUGCAGCUAUGGCAGCGUCUCAUUACUCCGGCAUGCUGCCCGAUCCGCUGCGCUUGAAGCUCGAAGGUCUGGCACCGGCUCAGCUUCGCGUCUACGAAGAAUUUGGCAGACCGCGUGUCAUGCCGUCAGCUGCGGCAGAGACGCCUGACGUGCGUAGCCGAACUGCAGUCGCUGCUACUCGUACUGCCCCGGCUACGCGAGACGGUGUCGGCUCCGAUAGCGGCUUGCCUGUGGCUCCUGCCACGCCAGCCGAGCCUACAAGCCUGGCUGCAGCAUCUAUGCUGCCUGUCCAACAAACUCUGGACAAAUUUGCGCAUUCCAUGGGCGAAAUCGACAAGCUUAUCUCGGCAGAGGGUCCCAUCGCAUUCAACCAGCUUCCACAAGAUCAUGAUAUCUUCGUCGUCGUAUCCCAAAUUGUGCUUACUGCGGGACGCUCCUCCAAUCGCGACGAGACGACGCUUGCUUACUCGCAAAAAGUCGUCCAGCUCCUCUACCGAUCAGAGACCUCGCUGGCUCGCGAGGUUUAUGCUACCUUGCUAGAACGACUGUGCACAGUCUCUGUCAAAGCUGCCCGCGAGGUGACUUCGUGGCUCGUCUAUGCUGACGACGAGCGCAAAUUCAAUGUGGCUGUGACGGUUUCUCUAGUCAAGCACCGACUUGUAAACGUUACCGACCUAGAUGCUGCGCUUGCCAAGUUCAUCACCAAAGACUAUCGACCCAGCGUCAUCAACUUCACGGCAGCCUUCGUUCGCGAAUGCCUCUUCUCGGCCGGCAACGAUGGUCCUCUUGUUGGACGCGAGCAGCUGGCACAUUCGAUCGAGGCGCUAGAUACUGCUGAAAAGGCUGACAAGUCGACAGACAAUGCUCGCGAGCUCCUUGAUGACUUGCGCAAUAUGGCUUCAGCUAGCGCGCCCACGCCGAGCAGAUCGCAGCUCGAAGAGUAUGAGCUACGCGAUCGGUUGGUCAUAUGCUUCGUUCAAUGGGUGUCGCAAUACUCGUCAGCUCCUUCGGUGGAGAAGGCCUUCCUCGAAUUUGUCGUGCAGCUGCAAGAACGCGGUGUACUCAAGGGUGAAGAGAUCAGCUCGCGUUUCUUCAGAGCAUGUGCCGAAGCCAGCGUAGACAGCUACAUUAAGCGUAAAGCGGCUGGUGGUACCAUCGCUACUGGCAUAUUCCAGCCGAUCGAUGCAUUCGCAAAGCUAGUCGUCUUGAUGAUCAAGUAUCAUGCAGACCCUCAGAACGUCAACAACGAGCAAGCUAAGACUCACUAUCUGAAUAAAAUCAUGUCAAUCGUCGUUCUUGUUCUGUCACAGUCGCACGAGGAGCUCGGUCUGCAUUUCCAGCAGAAGCCGUUCUUCCGGUUCUUGUCGACUCUUCUGAUCAAUUUGCAAGCAAUCGAAGGUCAUCUGGGCGGUGCAUACCUCGAGAUCCUGAAGCAGCUUUGUGUGUCUAUCAACACGCUUCAACCUGCCUUCUUCCCAGGAUUCGCAUUUUCCUGGGUCGCUCUCAUCUCCCAUCGCCUCUUCAUGCCUAAAUUAUUGCAGAGCAAGGACUCGACGUGUUGGGCGGCUUGGCAUCGGUUGAUGAUCUCUCAUCUGCGCUUCAUGUCGCCGAUUCUGCAAACACAGUCGCUCUCGGAAUCGACGCGUACGCUUUAUAGCGGCACACUUCGCCUGUUCAUGGUUCUGUUGCACGACUUCCCCGAAUAUCUGGCAGCCUACCACUUUGCGCUCAUUGAUAGUAUUCCAAUCGGCUGCACACAGCUCCUCAACGUCGUCUCGUCCGCUUACCCUGCCAGCAUACGUUUGCCAGAUCCGUUCUUGCCUUCGAUGAAGAUCGACGUCAUACCGGAGAUGGCCAAUGCGCCCUUAGUCAUGUCAGAUUAUACGCUCAGUCUCGGACAACCUCUAGGCAAGGCGCUCGAGACCUUUGCACAGUCACGAUCGGCAGAUGAGCUCCUGGGCGCGAUCGAGACAAACCCCUCGAUGCUGUCAAUACAAGCUUCCGGCGCAAAGGAAGCUGCACAUAAUGGACAAGCAAUCCGCAGCUUGGUCAUGUACCUCGCCGCUCUCGCACUCAAUCAGACCAAGUCACAGCCUGACCUGGUAUCCUUCUCGUCUGCAAGCCCUUCGGUUGCGGUGCUCAAGGGCCUGCUCGCUACUACCGACGCCGAAGGCAGAUACCUCAUCCUGAGCGCAGCAGCGAAUCAGCUCCGAUACCCGAAUUGCCACACUCGCUGGUUCGCUGGAUUCAUCUGCAACGUCUUCACCGACGGCAGUACGGCCAUGUCGGUCAAGGACUGCAUCACUCGCAUCCUGCUCGAACGUGUCGUCGUCGCAAGACCACAUCCCUGGGGCAUUCUGGUCACCAUCGGCAUUCUCAUCCGAUCGUGCCAUCUUGCCGAACUGCCCUUCGCUCGUUGCGCGCCCGAAGUCGAGACUCUCAUCACGCAAGUCGACCAGGCCUUACGGGUCAAGUAAAUUUC